CUCACGAGAACAUGCCUCUUGCAAAGGAUCUUCUUCAUCCCUCUCCAGAAGAAGAGAAGAGGAAACACAAGAAGAAGCGCCUGGUGCAGAGCCCCAAUUCCUAUUUCGUGGGUGUAAAAUGCCCAGGAUGCUAUAAAAUCACCACCGUCUUUAGCCAUGCACAAGCAGUAGUUUUGUGUGCUGGCUGCUCUACUGUCCUCGGCCAGCCUACAGGAGGAAAAGCAAGGCUUACAGAAGGAUGCUCUUUCAGACGGAAGCAGCACUAA